AUGUCGUCCUUUUUCACAAUCCCAGCGUCCCAGCGCAAGCGGAAGAGAGAUGAUCGUGUGGCCGCACCUGGAUCAAAGAAGCGGGGAGUUGCAGCAAAGGGAGAUGCUCGAGAGGAUGCAUCACGCCGAAGGCAAGAAUCCGAGGACGAAUCUAUAUCGGGAAGUGAUCUCGAAGACGACGAGGAGGUCUCGGGGUCUGAUCUUCCGGACGAUGCAACUUCAGAAGAUUCGGACGAGGGCGAAACAGCCGCAGAGCGAAGAUUGAAGCUUGCAGAAAGAUAUUUGGAGAAUAUUCGUGAAGAGGUUGAUGAGGCUGGGUUCGAUGCUACUGAGAUUGACCGUGAUCUUAUUGCUGAACGAUUGAAAGAGGAUGUGGACGAAGCGAAAGGUCGCAUAUUUCGAAAGAUCGCAUCUCAACUCAAUUUCUCUAACGCUUCGCAUUCUUUCUUCCGAGCCGAUACUCAGACUACUACCGCUGUUGCUAUACACCCUCCGUUCGCAUACACCGUUUCAAAGGACCGAACGCUCAUCAAGUGGGAGUUGAUAUCUCCCAAAAUGCCACAAACUACACAGAACAAUACGGAAAGGAAACGGCCAGACCACCCUGGAAAGAAGAAACCAAUUCAACUAAAAUUUGUCAAAGGUCUAAAGAAAGUUCGCGGCAGUAAAGAACCUCAAGGACAUACUGGAACCAUAUUGACUCUCGCGGUAUCGCCAUCCGGUAGAUAUCUUGCUACAGGAGGUGAAGAUAAGAAAUUAAUAAUUUGGGAUGCCGAAACUCUGGCUCCUAUGAAAACAUUUACACAGCAUCGGGACUCCAUCAGCAGUCUCUCGUUUACGCGUCACAUCUCUUCACACAGCUCCGGAGAACAAUUGUUUUCUGGUUCUUUUGACCGCACAAUAAAAACAUGGUCUCUCAGCGCUGGAGGACAUGCGUACGUUGAGACUCUAUUCGGACACCAAGACCACGUCUCCUCGGUGGCAUCAAUGAUGACAGACCAAUGCGUCAGCGUUGGAGCCCGUGACCGAACGGCACGUCUGUGGAAAGUCAUUGACGAAACGCAACUCGUGUUCCGUGGUGAAUCAUCCAAAAAGGAAGAAUACCAAAACAAUGUUAUCGACUGUGUGGCUGUUGUACCGCCCACACACUUCGUUACGGGUUCCGAUUCUGGCUCGUUAUCGCUGUGGUCUAUCCAUAAGAAAAAGCCUCUACAUACCAUCCAGCUUGCACAUGGAGUCGAUCCAAUACCGCCUCCUGAAAAGGUAUCAUCUGAAGCAGACCCCGAGACUGCAGCUCGCAACAUCCGCUUCUUGCGCCCCAUGCCACGAUGGAUCACAGCACUGGCCACAGUGCCCGGUACAGAUAUCGUCCUCAGCGGAAGUUGGGACGGUUGGAUUCGAGCAUGGCGCGUAUCAGACGACAAAAGAACACUCAUCUCCCUCGGCCCUGUAGGGUCUGUCCCAGCAACGCCCCAACCAAAACACACAUUCUUCACCAACGGUGACUCCUCCGAACAACCAGAAACUACAGAUACCAUGGAACUCGACUCCCAACAAGAACAAAAGUCGGGAGAACCACUCCUCAAAGGCGUGGUAAACAGCAUUGCAGUCUUUGAACGACGACCCGAAACCGCCAAGAUCGGAGCAACAAAGUCCAAAAAGAAAUCAGGACAGAAAUCGUCCUCGACAGAAGCAGACAUGUCAAACACGCGCGGAUUAUGUAUUGUUGCCGCACUGGGCAAAGAGCACCGAUACAGUCGAGCACAACCUUUCGCACAAAACCAUUACGAGGGCCCAAGUGCCCAAGGCCGGAAUGGAGCAGUUGUCUUCGAGGUGCCGUUUUUCGAUAAUGUGGAUCAUGAGCAGAUAGAAUUGGAGGCUGCGGUGGCGGAAUAG